CAGUGUAUUUACGCAGUCUCCAAUUCCAAAGAAAUCUUAUUUUGGGGUCUUCUUGUAGAAACAAAGAGGACCCACAAUCGUAUUAUGUUUUUGCUAAUUGCAGAUUCAUAGUAUGAUUAUAAUUAGGUCGCUUCCUUUUUCUAAUUAAAUUAUUACCCAAAACCCAAUUGGGUUUUUGAUCAUCUUUCUUUCUUCGUCUAAACCCUUUUUAGUACUUUGAUUUUUCUUUUAAUUCUACGUUUAAUUAAAUUGUCCAAUUUUGACUUUUGAUUUUGCGUAAAAUUCAAGCGCUUUAAGCUACCUACAUUCUUUUUUGCGUUUUAUUUGUUAUUCAUUUGUCUUAUGCACGUGAAGAACCAACCAACCCUUUCUUCAAUCUCAAUUCUCCUGAACAUAAUAAUUCUUACUUUUUGGUGCGUAGACUCUUCUUAUUUGAUCGUUUACGUAAUACAGAAGCUGGUCGGGAUCUAAUCUCAUCUGGGUACUAAUUUUGUUAUUAGGUAAAAUAUUUAUUGAACAUGAGCAAAUGGCUAAACAAAUUUUUUAAAGGCUCCAGCCAUAAUGUUUCAGAAGGCCAUUAUCGUGGGAAUUACGGACGGGAUCCUAAUUAUUAUGCGCCUUCCACUUCAGGGGUUGAAUGGCCAGAGCAGGAGAAUGAAGAGAUUGAUCGUGCUAUUGCAUUGUCUCUUUUAGAGGAGAAUCAAAAUGGAAAACGUGUUAUUAAAAAUGAAAAUCAACUAGAAGAAGAUGAACUACUAGCUAGAGCGAUACAAGAAAGCUUGAAUGUUGAGUCUCCUCCUCAAUAUGGAUAUGGACAUAAUUAUGGAUAUGGAAAUAGAAGUGGAAAUGGAAAUGGAAAUGGAAAUGCAUAUCAAGGAAAUGUAUAUCAUCCCACCCCAGCUUAUAUUCCGACGGGAUUUAGGAUCUGUGGAGGUUGCAAUACUGAAAUUGGUCAUGGAAGAUUCCUAAAUUGCCUCAAUGCAUUUUGGCAUCCAGAAUGUUUUCGUUGCCAUGCCUGCAACCUACCGAUUUCUGAUUAUGAGUUCUCUAUGACCGGGAAUUACCCUUAUCAUAAAACUUGCUACAAGGAGCGGUACCAUCCAAAAUGUGAUGUUUGCAAGUACUUUAUUCCAACAAACCCUGCUGGUCUUAUUGAAUAUAGGGCACAUCCUUUCUGGGUCCAGAAAUACUGCCCAGCUCAUGAACACGAUAGUACUCCUCGGUGCUGCAGUUGUGAGCGAAUGGAGCCACGAGACACGGGAUAUAUUGCACUUAAUGAUGGUCGGAAGCUUUGUCUAGAGUGCCUGGAUUCUGCAGUCAUGGACACUAACGAGUGCCAGCCCCUUUAUCUUGAUAUACAAGAAUUUUAUGAAAGUUUGAAUAUGAAAGUGGAGCAGCAAGUUCCGCUGCUCUUAGUUGAGAGACAAGCAUUAAAUGAAGCCCGGGAAGGAGAAAAAAAUGGCCAUUAUCACAUGCCAGAAACAAGAGGGCUUUGCCUCUCUGAGGAACAAACAAUCAGCCGGGUAUUAAAGCGGCCAAGGUUUGGAGCUGGAAAUCGAUCGGUGGGUAUGGUCACAGAGCCUUACAAAUUGACGCGUCGUUGUGAGGUGACAGCAAUUCUCAUUUUGUUUGGCCUCCCAAGAUUACUUACGGGGUCAAUCCUCGCUCAUGAGAUGAUGCAUGCGUGGAUGCGACUUAAAGGUUUCCAACAUCUCAGUCAAGAUGUUGAAGAGGGUAUUUGUCAGGUGCUUGCGCACAUGUGGUUAGAGUCUCAGCUCACAUCUAGUUCAGGUGUUAAUGCUGCAUCAUCAUCUGCUUCCAGAGCUUCAAAACAGGGUACAGGAUCUCCGUUUGAGAUGAAACUCGGGGAAUUUUUUAAACAUCAGAUCGAAUCAGACACUUCUCCAGUAUACGGAGAUGGAUUUAGAAUGGGGCAGCGAGCAGUCCAAAAGUAUGGCCUUGGAAGGACACUCGACCAUAUUAGAGCGACGGGGAGGUUUCCAUAUUGAAGACCUGAAUCCUACAAUUUUACCAUGUUUAGUUUCGUAAUUUACAUGAUUAAAAGCUUUGGUUAUUUCUUCUAUAACCCCAAGGCCAUACCACACUGCACAUAGGAAUUGAUUUACUAGACUAGUUUUCAGGACUGCUGAUUUUUUGAAUAGCCACUUUUGGUAAAUUUUACAGUUCAAUGAGAAAUAUUUCAUUCUUUAAGCUCA